GCUCGAUAUAAAUCAUAAGUUCAGCUCGCGUACUUUCAUACUCGACUGCACGAUUGCCGGUCGCAUACGCGGCCUACACACAAGCGCUCCUCCCCUCAACCGACGUCGGAAGUCAAGCCCUGGCGCUCGAUACUUGCCACAGGACAGCGAACAUUGACACUUGCGCCUGCGGGCUGAGAGCGUCCACGCGCGUGAUCGCGUUUCCCUUCAGCCUUCCCCUUUCUUGUCCCGUCCUUCUUUCUCUCCACUUGAAUCCACAAUGCCAGCUCGACGCGACUCGGACGGGAUGCCCGACAUCUUCGACUCCAUGAAGUCCAUCUUCACCGACGCCCUCACCAGCGAGCGCUCCCGCACGCGCAACUCCGCCGCCCUCUUCGCCCUCCACUGCGCCGUCGUGUGCCGCGGGGUCCAGACGGACUGCGGCGGGAAGCAGGGCGGGUACGAGUUCAUGGAGAGCUUCCUGUACUUCCUCGGCCAGUGCCUGCACAUGAAGGCAGCGCGUCCGGCUGAGCUGGGCCUGCGCUUCGUCGCGGCGUAUAUCGAGUAUCUGAAUGAUUCCGUGGGCCAGGUCGGUCACGAUUACCUCCAGUUCUACCCCCAGGACCGCAGCGAGCCCGGUCCCUCUUCCUCGUCAACCCCCGGUCCCUCCUCCUCGUCAACCCCCGGUCCCUCCACCACCCCACCACCCCCCAUGCACGAGCCUGCGUCUUGGUUCACCGGCCGCGUCCUCAAAGCCCUCCGGCACGCCCUCGCCGCGCCCACGAAGCAGAUCCGGCGUCGUGCCAUCGACACUGUAUCCCGCAUGUUCGGCACCCUCGGCGCGAUCGACGCGCGCGUAGUCGACAAGGUGAGGGCAGAGGUGCGCGGGAGGUUGGCGGACAAGGAUCGGGUGGUGAGGGCGGGGGCGGCGAGGUUGUUGUGCAAGUGCGUGGCGAUGGAGGGCGACCCGUCGGCUGCUGGGGACGAGGGGCGGUUGAUCAACGUCGAGGACGAGGCGCUACUGAUCGAGGCGAUGACCUGCGAUCCUGCGGUCGACGUGCGGCUCGUGGUGGUGUCCUACAUCCCCAUCACAGAGAACACGAUUCCUCAUCUCCUGCUACGGUCCAGAGAUGAUGGCAAGGACGAGAAGUCUACUAGGAAGGGUGUGCAGGCGGAUGCGAGGGUGCGCGCGGCGGUGUAUCGUCGACUGCGCGAGAACCUCGCUGUAGGUGAUGCACGACCGAACGGCUGGAUCAUGAACAAGCUUAACGGCACCGUGAUCGACAAGCUCCUUGCCUACGGGCUCGACGACCGGAGCGAGGACGUGCGGCGGGAGGUGGGGAAGCUUAUCGCGUGCUCACGCGUCUCGGCCUCUCGUCGAGCACGUUGUACCUGCGCGUCGUAGAGGCGUUCCUCGUCGCGCGUUGUGGAGGUGUUCCUCUCCGCGCGUCCGAGGUUGUGCGAGGGGCUGGAUUUAAGUGGUGAGUCGCCUUUGCUUCCUUUCCCGUCUCGCGCGCCCCCUUCCUCCCCCCUUCGCUCUUAUUCAACCCGUACACCUGGCGCGAUACCAGGACGAGGACUGCGACCCGAAGGCGAUGGCGAGACGUGAGCGUCGGAGAAGUGCGGCGGGAGGGGGAGGGGGGAUGGGAACGGGCGUUAAAAGGGGGG